UCUAUGAAUAUCAUUUGAGAGAGAGAGAAAGAGAGAGAGAGAGAGAGAGAGAGAGAAAUGGCUUCCGAAGCGUCAGAGAAGCCACAUGCUGUUUGCAUACCAUACCCAGCUCAAGGUCACAUAAACCCAAUGCUAAAAUUGGCUAAACUCCUUCACUACAAAGGGUUUCAUAUAACCUUUGUCAACACAGUCUACAACCAUGAUCGCCUGCUUAAAUCCCGAGGCCCCAAAUCCCUUGAUGGACUUCCUUCCUUUAGGUUCAAGACAAUUCCGGAUGGCCUCCCUCCCACUGAUGUCAAUGCCACCCAGCACAUACCAUCCCUAUGUUAUUCCACUAGUAAAAACUGCUUAGCACCCUUCAGAAGCCUUCUUUCAGAACUCAAUUCUUUGCCGAACUCCCCUCCUGUUACUUGCAUAGUUGCUGAUGGUGGCAUGACCUUCACUCUUGAUGUAGCCCAAGAGCUUGGCCUUCCGGAAGUUCUCCUCGAGACACAAAGUGCUUGUGGCUUCUUGUGCUACCUUCACUAUGCCCAUCUCAUUGAAAAGGGUCUUACUCCCCUUAAAGAUGCCAGUUAUUUGACAAAUGGCUAUUUGGACACUGUGAUAGAUUGGAUACCGGGCAUUAGAAGUAUCCGUUUGAAGGACAUACCGACCUUCAUUAGAACCACAGACCCAGAUGACAUCAUGUUGAAAUAUCUCGUGGUUGAGAUGGAAAGAGCUCAGAGAGCGUCUGCUAUCGUUAUUAACACAUUCGAUGCGUUGGACCAUGAUGUUUUGGAAGCACUUUCAAGAUUGCUACCACCUGUUUACUCCAUUGGAUCUCUACACCUACAACUCAAUCAGAUCCCAGCAGAUAACGAUUUGAAGUCAAUUGGGUCAAACCUAUGGAGAGAAGAACCAGAGUGUCUCGAAUGGCUCGACUCCAAAUCACCUAAUUCUGUGAUUUACGUAAACUUUGGAAGUAUCACAGUGAUGAAAGACGUGCAGCUGAUUGAGUUUGCUUGGGGUCUUGCAAAUAGCAACAUAACCUUUUUGUGGGUAAUUAGGCCUGAUCUUGUUGCUGGGGAAUUAGCAGUGCUUCCUCUCGAGUUUGUGGAAGAGACCAAGGGAAGGAGUAUGUUGGCGAGUUGGUGCUCUCAAGAACAAGUGUUGAACCACCCAGCUGUAGGAGGGUUCUUGACACACAGUGGAUGGAACUCUACGAUAGAAAGUGUGUGCGCUGGAGUUCCCAUGAUAUGCUGGCCCUUCUUUGCUGACCAACAAACAAAUUGUAGGUUCUGUUGCAAAGAAUGGGGUAUAGGCAUGGAGAUAGAUGGUGAUGUUAAAAGGAAUUACAUAGAAGGCCUUGCGAGAAAGUUAAUGGAAGGAAAGGAAGGCAAAGAGAUGAGGAAGAAAGCCUUGGAAUGGAAGAAAUUGGCAGAGGAGGCCACCACAGCUCCCAAUGGUUCGUCUUUCCUGAAUUUGGACGAGUUGGUCAACCAGAAACUUCUUUCUCCUAAAAAUUAGAUUUGAUUAAAAUCUUCAUGGAUGUUUGUAUUUGGAUAAUCUGAAUAAUUAUUAUUGUUCCGUGUUAGUAUUGCUUAUUGUAAUACAUUGAGUAAUAAAAUGUAGUGCCAAAGUUUUGCUCUCACUGUUCUUCACAA